CCCCACCCAAGCUCGGGCCCUAUCCUGACGACCUCGCCCCCAUGUCCGCUCCCGCCACCGUGUCCUCGCCCCGCGGCCGCGCGGCUUCCCCGUCUGGCCCGGUUCUCCUCCAGCCCAACUCGGGGUCGCAACCACGCCCUCGGGACGCGCCCCUCCCGCGUGCCCUCGCCGCGCUGGGCCCGCAGUCCCCACGCCUCUCCCCGCUGGUCGCGGGCACUCCCCGGCCGGCGUCCCUCCCUCGCGCUCCCCCUCCAGGCCGCGCCCCCGCGCGGGGCCUGCUAGCGCUCGGGGCCGGCGGCUGGCGCGCCAUGGGCAGCGGCAGCAGCCGGAGCGGCCGGACCCUGAGGCGGCAGCGCAGCCCCGACAGCCACCCGGCUGGGCCAGGCCAGGCAGCCCCGGAGGGCGGGGCGGCGACGGCGACGGCGGCCGAGGCCCCGGGGGCAGGCGCGACGGCGGCGCAGGAGGCGGCCGGCCACGACCCCGGCCCCGCGGCGACCCCCGACGGCCGGGAGGAGACCCUGCGCCUGCUGGACCAGCUGCUGGCCGAGUCCGCGGCCUGGGGCCCGCAGGAGCCCGUCCCGCGCGGCGCGGCCCGGCCCCGACCCGCCGCGGGCGCCCGCAGCGCGGUGUCCCCAGAACCUCAGGCUGAAGACCACCCAGAGGACAGCCAUACCUCUGAAGCCCCAAGCAGCAGCCACAAGAGGCCCGAGAGGCAAUCAGCCAUUUCCUAUGACUACGCGGAGGAGGAGCUGAUGGCCAGCAUAGAGCGGGAGUACUGUCGCUGAGGUCAGCCGUGCAGGGGCGUGACCAUGGCUCCAUAGACCCUGGGCUGUGUGAGAAUCACUCCCCACCAGGGCUCAGCUGAACUUCUGCAAAACCUAGCUCUUCCUGGACUUUUCCAAACUGACCUUUUCAACUUCACUUGCUGGCCAGGGCAUCAGCUGUGCAGGUACCCAGCCAUAGGUGGAGACCUGUCUGUAGGGUUCUCUUGGAGCUUGAGGAUUCCUCUUGGAACAUGCACCAAGGUGUGCCCUCAGUCCUCCGGCUAGUCUCCAGAGGAGGCCCAUCCACUCAGUGCAUCUGGAUUUUCAUGAGCAAUGAACCCCAUGGAAUGUGGCUGAAGUACAGAUCUGAUUCUGUAGGCCUAGUGGGGCCUGAGAUUCUGCAUCUCUAACUGGCUCCCAGAAGAGCCAAAGUGCAGCACCCCAGCUGCACUUGAGUCUGGGGUUAGGGCCUGGACUUCAGGCCUUUCUCAGCCUCCGUGGUGCUGGAGGCAUCUCCACCCCAGCUCUUUCACUGGGCUGGGAUGGCAGAGCUCCUCACUUUCCUUCUCUAGGCCCCAGCUUCCCUCUCCAAGAGAUAGUUCUGGAGGCUCUUUGACAGUCUGAGAUCACACAGUUCCCACUGCCACUGAGGCCUCACCCUGCUGGUGCACAAAACUGCCUUCUGUAUUGGGAGUGGGUGUCCAGCCACCUGGACAGGGUCUCAGGGUACCUGCUGUCUAGCUCCACUCUGGCAGGUAGCCUGGCCAUCCCCCACAGGGCCUUACACCCUUUCUCCCUGUGCAGAAGGUAGACAAUCCCAGUCACGAGGCCAGAAGAGCCUUCCAAUGUUCCCAGUUGACAAAUGAGAAACCUGCCUGCCCAGAACCUCCUGCAGUAAGAAAUGGUGGCAGUGUCAAGGGGCUGGAUGGAAUAACAGCAGCUUUUGCUGAAGCCAUAAGAGAUCUUGGCUCAUCUCACAUUUACCCACCAACACCGAGGCCUCCCUGGGCAGCCUCCAUUUCCUGAGAAGUGCUGCCAGCACUGGGGCCAGAGCCUCUCAGAAACUGAGGAAGGGACAGCCAUUUGGCACCAUCCCUGUGCUCGCGGGCCAGUGAGUCUCACUGACAAGCCUUUCUGUGAACUUUCACAGUUGACAAGAGUGCCUUUGAUCAGCUGCUUGCAGCUGGGAGACUUGCACUGCGAAGUCAGAGCACAGAACAGCAGAGCCGGUCACCAGCCUCUGGGGGGUUGGCUUAGAUCCUCCCCAAAGCUGGGAACUGUUCCUCUCCUAGGCCCAAAACAUUCCUCUUGAUAUAAAGAUGAAAGUCAUUACUAUUUUAAUAAUGUGAAUGCUUAUUUUAAAAGAAGUUGAACUUUUAUUUCUUACUGCCAGGUAAAUCUGGUUUUGAACCUGAUGUAAAUGUUUACAACUUUACAUCAUCAUUUUGUUAGAAUAUGACACAUUCAACUGGUUUCCAAGAAAAAGAUGAUACCUCUGCAUUUUCUUGUGGAGAACUCAUAGAAACCUCAAUGGCCCAGAUGUUUUGAAAGAUGAGUCAAGAACUGUGACGGGUUGGAUAUGGGGUGAGAGCAGAGUGACUCCAAGGUCUUGCACCUGAACUGCAAGGACUCACGUGCAGUUCAAGGACAACGGGGCCAACUGUGAGAAAAACAAGGGUGGGGAAGAGAGGUGGGGCUUGGCCAUGUCGGGUUUGAGAUGCAGACUGGGCAGGUGUCACGGGAUAGGUGCAGGACUACCUAGUUCAGGCAAGAGGUGCAAGGAGAGAUCGAUCCUCGGGGUCUUCACAGUUGAGAUUUCACAUCUGUGAAGCCUGGGAAAGGUGACCCAGGGAGCCCAGCAGUUUCGAAGAAUGAGUAUUAGGACUCCCCAGAAUCAAGAGGCCAGAUGACAAGGGCCAGCAAUAGACCAAACAGACAGGAACAGCAGACAUCUGUAGCCUUUGGGGCCACUGUCACCUCUGCUCAAUGAUGCAGACAGCAAGAUCCCAGCCCACAAAGCCUCUGGUGACACCCACAGGAGCUCUUUAUUACAUACCUUUGUGUGUAGAUACAAAGCCUCAGUGGGAGCAGGCUCACGGAAGAACGUGCAGAGGAAGACUGAGGAGCCCUCACGUUGUCUUUAACCCUGGGCAAGGGCUGGAGUGAGGCAGCAAAAAUGUUUCCACACACCUCUUCCAAGUCCCCCCUCGGGCAGACACCCACCGCUGGCAGGGGAAGAGCACAGGCCCCAAGGGCCCAAGGGUCAUCCAGCAUGCUGGGUCCUAUCCUGCCAGGACCAGACAUGUGUGUUCCAGUGGCCAGCAGAGAAGCAACCUCCUCAUACAUUCCUUUCAGAGAGAACUCCCAAAGGAAUGCAAAGAAACAGACUAAACCCGAGAAAAAGGAGAGUUCAGGUCGGGCCAGGUCUGCCCACUCAUCCUGGAAGACACUGGGUGUUACACUAAGGCACUGGGCACAGUUAAUGACACAGGACACAAGUCCAGUUUGCAAAUCAAGAAAGUUUUAUAUGAUUCAAAGAAAAAAGUUACAUUACACAUUCUCAUUUAAAUAAGAAUUCAAAGUCUGUUACAUAAAACAUAAUUAUGAAACAAAUUUUACUGAAACUACUGAAAAGGCUCAAUGUCAAAAAUCAAGCAAAUCUGCUCAAGCAAUAAAGUGCACAGGGGGAACCUGCCUUGCCGGCGUGGCCUCGGGCACCCGAGCACCCGCACUGUCAGCACAGGGAUGCCUCACUCACCCGCUGCAGCCUACAAGGGCUUGGUUCUCAGGAGGAUUUUUCAGACGGGAACUUUUCCCCAACUUUUCAGAAAGUAUUUCUAAAUCUAAUCAGGAAGUGGAAGUUUUAAAUUAAUACCAUUUCAAUACAUCUACAAUACUGUUCAGAGAAUGAAGUUCUGUCACAAGCAACCAAAUAUUCAAAGACCUUCCACUACCCCAGAUCACUGGACAAACAUCAUUGGUAUGACAUAAUUAAGCAACUGUCCAAACCUGAUGCCAUUUACGACACACACAUAGUCAAAAGUGUUUAUGGUGACUUAGGAGGAUGGGAGGACUGGGGUGGUGGGGAAAACACAAACUAUGUACAACCAUCGCUCUCCUGUGACUAUAUCAUGCCUCAUGACAACAAGAACAUACACCUGUGGAAUUGUCCAAAAUGUGGAAAUCUCCUAAAGACACACACAUACAUAUGGUGGUGAAAAGCAGUUGAUACUAAAGGACAACUUAAUGGGUAUCAAGUAACAUACAAUGAAGGAUCAAGAGAGGGUUAUAUUAGACUAAAAAGACCUGAACACGAACCCUAAUUUUACUUACCCCACAUGUCACCUUACCAUCAUUUUAAUAAAGGUUAAGUGCCAAUAACUAAAAGGCAAAAACAAA